GGGAGCCGGGGCCACUACCGGUACCACUGGCAGAGCCACAAUGUCAAGCAGAGUGGAGUGGACGACAUGGUGCUCCUCUCCAAGAUCAACGAGGACGCCAUUGUGGACAACCUCAAGAAGAGAUACAUGGAUGACUACAUCUUUACUUACAUUGGCCCUGUGCUCAUCUCUGUUAACCCGUUCAAGCAGAUGCCAUACUUUGGGGACAAGGAAGUGGAGAUGUAUCAGGGCGCGGCCCAGUAUGAGAACCCUCCUCACAUCUACGCCCUGGCAGACAACAUGUACAGAAACAUGAUGAUCGACAGGGAGAACCAGUGUGUCAUCAUCAGUGGAGAGAGUGGUGCAGGGAAGACUGUUGCAGCCAAAUACAUCAUGGGCUAUAUCUCCAGAGUGUCUGGAGGAGGACCCAGAGUACAGCACGUCAAAGACAUCAUCCUCCAGUCCAACCCCCUCCUGGAGGCCUUCGGGAACGCCAAGACAGUGAGGAACAACAACUCCAGCAGAUUUGGGAAAUACUUUGAGAUCCAGUUCAGCUCCGGCGGCGAGCCAGAUGGAGGGAAAAUCUCCAACUUCCUGUUGGAGAAAUCGCGCGUCGUCAUGAGGAAUCCUGGAGAGAGGAGCUUCCAUAUAUUCUAUCAGUUGAUAGAGGGAGCCACUGGAGAACAGAAGAGCAGCCUCGGAAUCACAAGCCUAGAUUACUACAAUUACCUCAAUCAGUCUGGGUCCUACAAAGUGGAUGACAUCAACGACAAAAGCGAUUUUCAGGAAACUGUGCAUGCCAUGGAGGUGAUUGGCAUCUCAGGGGAGGACCGCGGCCUGGUGCUGCAGAUCGUAGCCGGAGUCCUGCACCUUGGGAACAUCAACUUCAGGGAAGCAGGGAACUACGCCGCCGUUGAGAGCGAGGAGUUCCUGGCCUUCCCUGCGUUUCUGCUGGGGAUUGACCAGAAGCGGCUGAAGGAGAAGUUGACCAGCAGGAAGAUGGACAGCAAGUGGGGCAGUUCCAUGGAGUCCAUCGAUGUGACACUGAAUGUGGAGCAGGCGUGUUACACACGGGACGCCCUGUCCAAGGCCCUGCACUCACGAGUCUUUGACUUCCUAGUGGAGUCCAUCAACAAAGCCAUCGUGAAGGUUCAUCAGGAGUUUAAUAUUGGCGUGUUGGAUAUCUAUGGAUUUGAAAUAUUCCAAAAAAAUGGCUUUGAGCAGUUUUGCAUCAACUUUGUGAAUGAGAAACUGCAACAGAUCUUCAUUGAGCUCACACUUAAAGCUGAGCAGGAGGAGUAUGUACAAGAAGGCAUCCGGUGGACUCCUAUCGAAUACUUUAACAACAAGAUCGUCUGCGAUCUCAUUGAGAGCAAACUGAACCCCCCUGGCAUCAUGAGCAUCCUGGAUGACGUGUGUGCCACCAUGCAUGCGGUGGGCGAGGGGGCAGACCAGACCAUGCUGCAGAAGCUAAGGGUGGCCAUCAACUCCCAUGAACACUUCAACAGCUGGAACCAAGGCUUCAUCAUCCACCACUACGCUGGCAAGGUGUCCUACGAUGCAGAGGGCUUCUGUGAGAGGAACCGUGACGUCCUCUUCAGUGACCUCAUCGAGUUGAUGCAAAGCAGUGAAAUAGCUUUCAUCAGGGCCCUGUUUCCAGAUAACCUCAACACCGAAAAGAAAGGCCGGCCGACGACAGCGGGCAGUAAAAUCAAGAAACAAGCGAAUGACCUGGUCCAGACGCUGAUGAAGUGCACCCCUCACUACAUCCGCUGCAUCAAACCCAAUGAGACCAAGAAGCCCAAGGACUGGGAGGAGAGCCGGGUAAAGCACCAAGUGGAGUACCUGGGCCUGAAGGAGAACAUCAGGGUGAGGCGUGCUGGCUACGCCUAUCGCAGAGUCUUCAGGAAGUUCCUCAACAGGUAUGCCAUCCUGACUAAGGAGUCGUGGCCUACAUGGUGUGGAGAUGAGAAGCAGGGUGUUCUUCAUCUCCUACGUGCGGUCAACAUGGACCAGGACCAGUUCCAGCUUGGACGCACAAAGGUCUUCAUCAAAGCACCUGAGUCGCUCUUCCUGUUGGAGGAGACAAGGGAACGUAAGUUUGACAGCCACGCCAGGGCCAUCCAGAAAGCCUGGCGCAAGUAUGUGGCCCGCAAGAAGUACGUACAGAUGAGGGAGGAAGCCUCUGACCUGCUGGUGAACAGGAAGGAGAGGAGGAGACACAGCCUCAACAGGAACUUUGUGGGGGACUACCUGGGUAUGGACGACAGGCCUGAGCUACGACAGUUCCUGGCCAAGAGGGAAAAGAUUGACUUCGCUGACAAAGUCACAAAAUACGACCGUCGCUUCAAAGGCAUUAAGAGAGACUUGAUCCUGACCCCGAAGUGUAUGUACCUGAUCGGGAGAGAAAAGGUGAAGCAGGGCCCUGAGAAAGGUCAGGUGACCGAGGUGCUGAAGAGGCGGAUUGAUGUGGAGAAGAUCCUGGCUGUGUCUCUCAGCACGAUGCAGGACGACCUGCUGAUCCUCCAUGAGCAGGAGUAUGACAGCCUGCUGGAGUGCACCUUUAAGACCGAGUUCAUCAGCCUGCUGACCCGCAGGUUCGAGGAGAGGACCCAGAGGAAGCUGCCGCUCAAGUUUGGCACCACACUGGAGCUGAAGCUGAAGAAGGAGAACUGGGGUUUCCUGAGUGGAGGUGGCUCCAGACAGGUGAUGUUUGUCCUGGGCCAGGGGGACGUGGCUGUCAUGAAGCCCUCCAGUAAGGCGCUGCAGGUCAGCAUUGGAGCUGGCCUGCCCAAGAACACACGUCCCACCAAGAAGAGCUUCACUCAGAGUCGCUCCAGCGUGUCCAGAACCCAUCACAACACUCCCACACGGGCUGCACCUGGGCCUCCAGUUGCCCAUCAGAAUGGUGGUCCAAAAAACGCCAACCACAUGGCCAAUCAGAGGAACGCCUCACAGCAUUCCAAUCAGAGGCCUCCGUCAACAGGCAAUGGGUCCCGCCCCUUCCUUCCCAACAACGUCAAUCUGAAGGAGAGGGGCAGCAGCAAGCCUAAGCCCAACCAGCCAAACCUGGACUGUCUGAAGGUUCCUGACCAGGGGGCGGCAGGUAACGGAGGAGCCCGGACAGCUUCGAAUGGAGGAAUUGUCCAAAGACAGUCUGUCAGUAGACCACCCCCAGGAGGGGGGCGACCCAAACCUGCCCCCAAACCCAAGCCCCAACCCAAGCCCCAGGUGCCUCAGUGCAAAGCCCUUUAUGCCUAUGAUGCUCAGGACACAGACGAGCUCAGCUUCAAUGCAGACGACGUCAUCGACAUCAUCAAGGAAGACGCUUCUGGCUGGUGGAUGGGGAGGCUACGGGCAAAGCAAGGCCUGUUCCCCAACAACUACGUCAGCAAGAUCUAGGAGCUGCAUGAAGAAGACCUGACUGUCAAUCACCAGGAGAGAAGUACACACCUCUACUGACUGAAGGGAGGAGAUAGUGCUACCAAACAAAACAAAAGAGAUUUUGUGAGACAGAGAAGAGAGAAUCUGACAUUUUUUCUCCACUCCUGCAUUGUAGCCUUCUUCUGGAUGUAACUUCCUUUUAUUCUGGACAGACAAGAGAGCGUCAGGCUUGCAAUGAAGUUGUAUUUUGUUGUCCAGGGGCAAAUCGCUACACAAUCCCUGUGAGCACUGAACAAAACUAUUUAUUGUAUUUAUAUAGCUUUUUAUAUUCUCCCUCUGUCUUUUUCACCUCGCUAUGGUUUUAAGGUGAUAUUUUGUAUGCAUAUAAAUGAUAUAUGCCUGAUAUGUGGAACCAGGUUGUAAUUAAAUGUUUCAUAUUUCUCAUUUUGGAAAUGAAAGGGUUUUAACAUGAAUUCGGGGUUGUUGCCAAGAAGCCACUGUCUCUCUGUUUUAGAUCGUUUUAAAUAGCCUGUAGAGUUGUUCAAUAUAGUUUUCAAUGGGGAUUUGUGCUGCUAAGCUGAAUUUACAGAUAGUAUUGGCUUUAGAAAUCUUUAUGUUGACACAUAAAAUAUUUACAUAAAAUAGACAUUUAAUAGUUCAUUGCACUGUGAUUUUAUAAACUUCGGCAAUGCAUUUCACUAGAAAAACAAUGAUUGAAUGGGUUUGAUAACCAAGUGUUCAAAACAAUGCCAAUUCUUAUUGGUCAGCUAAACAGAUGCAAUCACUUUUGGGAAAAGGAAAUGCACAGUGUGACUUUCAAUAGGUAAAUGUCUUCAGGAAUCCCUCCCCCCCUCUUUUUAUUUCCAAAAUGCGAGUGAUAUCCCCAGAACUCUAGGGCCACACAGUGUACUGUACUCUGAGUGUAUUGUCUGUGGUUUUAUAAGCACUUUAUCAGUAGCUAUAGGUACUAACUUGGACAGACUGGUCACUCCUGCCACAGCUAGUAAUCCUUGGAUGUAAUGAAAGAUUGCCAAACUAGUGAUGGGCCUAGUUACUGAAGAGGAUAAUUUGUUUACGUAGAUCUAAAAUGGCUGUAUUUUAGAUCUAUGCAUACUGUAUGUACAUCUCAACAUUUCAGAAUGAAGUCUGUUACAAUUUAACUUAAUUUUGUAGUGUAUUUUCUCUGCAGGAUUUAAUUUGUAUUCAAAAUGUUCUGCUUUUGAUUUUUUUUUUUCCAUUCCAUUUUAUGCAGAUUUAAGUGCACAGUAUGGGUCAUUAGACUAUGGCGUUUUAGUUAUUUCAGGUGAAAGUAAAGGAAGAAUUCCAUUGACUUCACACUUUUGGCACUAUGAAGGAUCUUUUUCAUGUUCUCGCUGGUUUCCACAAGUUUUUGCAUUCACACAUUCCUUUGCAUUUUUACCAGUUUUGUAUCAACUCUACUUUUUAUACAUUAUCUUCAAAUCAUUAAGGGCUGGAUUCAAUCCAUAUCGAAGUAUCGUGGAAGAUCCGCGUUAAAAUAAAGGUAAUUUCCGAUUGAGCCGACAAAGCGUUUACCGUGAAUAUGGUCUCAUUGCCUUUAAUUGAUCGCGCUAUAGCAGAUCUUCAGCGCUAUGGAUUGAAUAGAGCCCUAAGACAGCUGGGAUUUCUUUCACGGGCUUGAACUGUGGCAUAGUUAAUUGUUUGGUCCUGUAUGGUGUAAAAGACAUGUGCAAUAUCAAAAGUGGCAGGAGUCUUAAAGCAUGUACUAUGUAGUUCCUGUGCAUUGUAUUUCAUGAAAUUAAAGACAUGUUAGUGAUUUUCGCAUAAAUGCACAAAACUGGCCUCUUUCUCCUGUUCUGCUUGUGCCCUAGCUGGUCAGGAAAUACUCCUGUCCCUACUAGUUACCCAUAGCCUGGUUCCAGUUGGUCAUAGGCAAGACCGUCUAAUGACCAUACAACAUCCCAGGGCAGCUUGAUAUAAAAAGGUGCAGCCGUUUCAGUGUUCAGGAACACUGGGCUGUGAAUCCUACAGUAUGAUCAAUUAACAAGCUGAUUAUACUGUACUUAAUUUAGCUGAGUAGAGGUCAAGUUAUGAAAUGUAUAGUGCCUUAAAGAAUAAAAAUGGCUGGCCCAUACGGUUACUGCAGCACAAGCAGAACUAUUAGUGGUGUAUGAAAUGCAUUCUACUUCUGUUUAGGUUUGUGGAAUAAGAAUUGGUACUUUGACUACAGGUGGCGUUUCACCCUUCGAUAUUCCAUUAGGAAAAAUAAAAUUGAAACAACCA